CCAGUUGUGCCACACUCAAUCUAAGCAUGGAGCCUACUAGCUCAUUUAAUGUACAUGAUGGAGACAUCAUUCAGCUUUACUGUUCAUUUGAGUCUGGAUAUGUGUAUGGUGCACCUAAUAGGCCUAGAAAACGUGACCUGGAGUUGGAUAUUGUUAGUAAAGAAAAUAUCAAAGUUACUGAUUUUGCCACAUUUAGUAUCACUCUGGAGAAAGUGCCAACACAACAGCCAUCAUGUGAAGUGAUAGAAAAGAUUACUUAUGGCAGCGUUGUUUGUUUAAAACACCAAGCUUCUGGUAGAUUCUUGGCAACAAUUGAUAAAAAUGAAGUGAAGCUAUGUGAUACUAAAAGUUUGCUUAGGAUCAUUUCCCCUAAUCAUGAUUUAGCAUGGGGUGAAGAA